AUGUUUCGCAUCGCUAUCGUCGGUGGCGGCAUUGGGGGCUUAUUCGCAGCUUUAUCCAUUAAGCACCACUGUGGACUCAACGACAUCCACAUCGACAUCUAUGAACAAGCUCCUGAAUAUCGAGAAAUUGGUGCCGGACUGGGGCUCUUGGAAGAGGCUCUGAAGAUCGCAGGUGACCGACAAGGCGUCUGGCUUUCUUUUCGUCGAUAUGACACAGGUUCGGAGGUUCAUACAGUCAGGACACCAACAGAAGGUAAUACAGCACCGUUACCGAUGCAUCGCGCGGAAUUCCUGGAGAUUCUCAUCCAGGCUAUUGAAAGCCGAGACGCGGCAACUUUGCAUACGAACAAGCAUUGCCAGACGCUCGAGGAUCACGGGCACAAAAUGUCAAUAACAUUCAAAGAUGGAACAAUAACGGCAGCAGACCUAGUAAUUGGCGCAGAUGGCAUCCACUCAGCUGUGCGCUCGCAUUAUGUGAAUGACAGCGCCCAGUAUGGCGGAAUGGUAGUCUAUAGAGGCCUUUGCGACAUCGACAAGAUCAGGAACGCGUGGACACUUCCAACGUUUUCUGCACUCUUUAUGGCUCCUGGAAAGCACUUUCUUACGUUCCCUAUUAGCAACAGCAAAAUCCUCAAUGUGGUUGGGUUUGUGACUACUCCAUGGGAAAAGCUCGAGAAUACAACAGAAAGCUGGACACUCGCAAGUGAGAAAGCGGUAGUUAAAGAAGAAUUCAAGGAUUUCACUGCAGCAGUACAGGCAGUCACUGAGAAUAUGGAUACCAAUCCAUUGAAAUGGAUUCUUUUUGGCCGAAAGUCGAGCCCGGAAUGGAUCUUUUCGGGAGGCAAGGUGGCUCUGCUUUGCGAUGCAGCGCAUGCAAUGUGUCCCCAUCAAGCUAGAGCUUACCCGAUGGCCCGAGUAUAUCCGAGGGCAUAG